CUCAAGUUAAUAUUAUUUUUCAUGUUAUUGAUAUAAAAGAAGGUCCUUUAACAUUACCAUUAAUAACUACAAUCGAUGAAACCAGCACACUUAGUGUAUUAUUGGCUGAAUGGAAAUUAGUAUAUAGAAAUACAAUUAAUGAAAAGGCUGCAAUUACUAAAUGUGAUACGAACCAUAUUCUUGUUUAUGUGCUAUAUGAAAAACACACUGAUCCAAAUUUUGGA